AGAAACAAUAAACCUCAAAAGCAACAGGUUAACCUCGCUCAGUUUUUUUGUUGACUAGACAAGAUUUUUAACAACUUCAUCAAAUCUCGUGACUACAAGGUAUAAAACGAAUGUCAAUGUGAUCGUCGAGGUCGAGUCGAGCUGUUGUUCUGUGCAUAUUUCGCUGUCCAAUUAAGUACUUAUAUUUUUUGUGAAUAACAACUCCACACCGAAAUUAAACUCGGCUGUUUUCCAGCACUCUUCUCAUUUAUAAGUAGUCUUUAUUUUGUAACAAUUACUCAAGAUGUGGAUAAUAUUAUGUACUGUGGUAUUAUUCUGUCUCCUAUUUCGUUCACAAAGGAAAAGAAUUUUCGCUAGCUUACUUACCCGAACUUCUAUGAUUCAUAAUGAAAAAGUACGGCCCCAAAAACUUGAAAUGUUCGGUCAACUUAAAAGUAUCAAAUCUUGUGACCCCAAACUUCGUGAGUCGAAUGAGAUUCGAAUCUUGGAAAUAGGAGCUGGAACUGGUGCUAAUUUUGAAUUCUAUCCCAAAAAUUGUCGACUUGUUGUUGUCGAACCGAACUCUUUUUGCGAAAAGUUUUUAAGAGAAAAUGCAGAAAAGUACCCCGGAAUUAAAAUAGAAAAGUACGUGGUUAAACCAGCAGAAGAAAUUACUAACGACGAUGUCAAGUUUGGGAGUUUUGAUGCUGUCGUUUCUACAUUAGUCUGUUGCAGUGUGGACAAUCUCUCAGCUACCUACCAACUAGUGAAAAAUGCUUUGACCCCGGGUGGAAGAUACAUUUUUCUGGACCAUAUUCUACACCCUCCACCAGCAAAACUUCAUUAUGUUCAACGAUUCUUAGAUUUUACGGGCAUUUGGGGGGCGAUCUUUGAUGGUUGCAAAUUGUCAAGGAGCUUGGAAAAGACUGUUCUGAAUCAAGGGUUCGAUAAUGUGAAAACCUAUACCUUUUACCUUGAGACGGAUACACUUCUUAGUAUUUGGAGCUUCGUUAAAAUCCAUGUUUAUGGUACUGCCUUCAAGCCAAAAAGUAAUUCAUAAACUUAUUAUUUCAUAAUUUUCAAACCUUUUUAAUGUGAAUUUACCAAUACGAAUAUGAUAUGAAAAUAAAUUGAGAGAAAUCAGCUUCUCUCGUAAUAAGCAUAGAAAA